GAAAAGUUGAACCUCCACACCCAUUCCAUUUAUACAUCGCCUGGACAAAUCACUGCAUCAUCUCAACGUUGACAACAAAGGAGUCACAAUGGCUAUGGUAUCAGAGUUUCUGGGACAGCUCUCUCUCAACAUUGGGGCCCAUGAACCCACGUUCCCCACUGUGGUACCUGCUAUGGAUUUUGACCCUGACAGAGAUGCUGCCAGAAUAGACACUGCUAUCAAAACCAAAGGAGUGGAUGAACAGACCAUCACUGACGUCCUGACAAAGCGGACUUACUCACAAAGAAGAGACAUCGCUUUUGCGUAUGAAAGGAGGGCAAAGAAGGACAUGAUCUCAGCCCUGAAGGCAGCGCUGUCUGGCUCUCUGGAAACGGUGAUCCUUGGAUUGAUGAAGAGCACGGCCCAGUACGAUGCCUCAUUGAUCAGAGGCUCCAUCAAGGGUGCAGGAACAGAUGAAGAGACGCUGAUUGAGGUUUUGUGCUCACGCAGCAACAAUGAGCUGGUGGAGAUCAAGAAGGUCUACAAGGAGUUGUUCAAGAAGGACCUGGAGAAAGACGUGGCAGGUGACACCUCUGGGAACUUUGCUAAGCUGCUCUUGGCUCUGGUGCAGACCAAGAGAGCAGAACCGUCCUCUAUGGUAGACUAUGACAAGAUUGAUGAAGAUGCCAGAGCACUCUAUGAGGCUGGGGUGAAGAUAAAAGGAACUGAUGUGCCCACCUGGAUCUCCAUUAUGUCUGAGAGAAGCGUACCCCACCUGCAGAAGGUGUUCCAAAGGUACAAGAGUUACAGCCCCUACGACAUGCAGGAGAGCAUUACUAAGGAAGUCAAAGGAGACUUGCAAAGGUCCUUCCUGGUGCUAGUUAAGUGCUUUGAAAACAAACAGCUGUACUUUGCCAGCAGACUGAAUGAAGCCAUGAAGAGUAAAGGAGCCAAAGAGAAGAUGGUGACCAGAAUUAUUGUGUCACGCUGCGAGGUGGACCUGAAAAAGAUCUGCUCUGAAUACAAGACCAACUUUGGAGAGUCUCUGCAAAAGACUAUUCUGGAACACACCAAGGGAGACUACCAGAAGGUGCUGCUCGGCCUGUGCGGACCAGAGGAGUAAAAAUGAAUCAUCAGUAUCAAAAGGGCCUCACGUUGCACCUCUGGAAAGGUGGGCUCAUGAAUAUCACACUCGGAACGAACUCUGCGGAAAAAGCCUGCCCUUUCUUUUCUGCACACAUUUAAAUGCAACAUUUAAGGAGAUGCGUUUAUCUCAUAUCUCGAAACAUGAAGAAUCUGUAUUAAAGCGUACCAUUUUGUACCAAAACGGCAAUAAAGUUGCUUUGUAAGAGUA